AGAGAUAAAGAAGGUGGGGGGUUUGAAGUACUAAGGCUCAACUGUCUAGGGCCAUGGAGAGUGUGAGAAAGAGGUGAAGAAGCGGGUGCAGGCAGGAUGGAAUCAGUGGAGAAAAGAGUCAGGUGUGAUGUGUGACAAAAGGGUGUCAGCAAGGAUGAAAGGGAAAGUGUCCAAAAGGGUGGUGAGGCCAGCAAUGUUGUAUGGUCUGGAAACAGUGGCACUGAGGAAAAGACAGGAGGCAGAGCUGGAGGUAGCAGAGAUGAAGAUGCUGAGCUUCUCUCUGGGAGUGAGCAGGAUGGAUAGGCUCAGGAAGCAGUAGAUCAGAGGGACAGCAUAUGUGCUCAGAUGUUUAGGCUAGAUGGAGAUGGUUUGGACAUGUACAGAGGAGAGAGAGCCAACACAUUGGUAGGAAGAUGUUGAGGUUGGAACUGCCAGGCAGAAGCUGGAGAGGAAGGCCAAAGAGGAGAUUGAUGGAGGUGGUGAAGGAGGACAUGAGGUUUGUAGGUUUGAGAGAAGAGGAAGCAGAGGACAGGGUGAGAUGGAGGAGGAUGAUCCGCUGUGGCCACCCCUGAAGGGAGCCCAAAGAGUAAGAAGAAGACUUUGCCAGAAAAGUCUGAAUAAACAGAUUGAGAGACAAAGAGGAGUGAAAUGGAAACGCAGAAAAACUUCUACUUAAUAGUGAAAUUCUUUUGAAAGGUACAUUUUUUUAUUCAUAAAUUAAUGCUUAACAUACAGUAUAUCAAUUCUCCACCCAUAAAUGGGUCGCAUAUUUUCUCCCAAUUACAUUAUUUAAAAAAAAAACGGCUCAACUCCAAAGUAAGGUUUGAUGUCGUGAGCAGAAUAUUCUUCCUGCAUCAGAGAAAUAAAACCACUUUCUGGGCCAUUUCACAACUUGGCAAACUCCGUUGAGUCAAAAUAAAUCUGAAGGGAAUGUAAUGAAUCAUGUGACUUUAUUUUAAACGCUCAGUAUAAUUUCCUACCUCCAUCAUUUAUAUUUUCACAUUAGUCGGUAACUCAAUAAUCUUCCGAUGCCCUGAGGCUUCAACCGCUCCGACAUGAACGACGGAGCGAAUGACUACGGCAUUUAAAGAGCUUCAUUAAAAGCCUUUUAUGGAUGCCGAUCCACCCCCCCCCUCUUCCCCCCAGCCUCCGCCGUCGGGUCGGUGACUCAGGGCCCAUUUUCAGCUGCAGCACUACGCAAUGCGGACAGCGGGUCUGGACUGGCGGCCGCUCAGAUCAUCCUAUUUGCGUAAAGUUCUUAUUUCUGGUUCCAUUUAAAAUGCAAAUGACCGGAAUGAGUCUUCAUUGUUGUGUUUUUACCGGCCGCAAACAAGAAGAGCGCCGCUCUGCUAUUGAUGCAUGAGGGUCGGAGGGAGUUUACAGCCGGGAAUCUUGUUAUUUCACUGUGAUGGGUGGACCAUUACACUGUCAGGGUUCCAACUGUACGCUAGCAAACCUCUUGGCUAAUGUGUAUCGGCUAAACGUCCAGGAUUAAGGAACGGAGGUGGCUCCAGGAGGGAUGUUGGGUAUCUGUGAGGACUCGGGGGGGCGUUGGCGUGUGAUGGACUGAUCUCCACUGGGAGCUCAUUUGGCUUCCCUUUAACUGAUUGGGAGGACGGACAGUUGGAGAGCAGGGGUGAAUGGAGAAGCUUAAUGGAAUUAAACCUUCAUCCGAUCUGAAGCGCUGUAAACAGGGCGGGAUUUUAAAACCAUUCCUCAAUUACAGCAGUUUUUAUUGUUACCAGCAUCACCUGCUCACCCCGUCGACCACCCAAGCUAAAAGCCUUGGAUGGAAAUCCAGCCCAAACUAAACGGAUUAGCAGUAGCGGGACAGUGCAGAGCCCCUCCUUCCCUUUCCUCGGCCAGCACACGCAGCAUAUUCCUGAUGGAGCAUCCUGCUGUCUAAACUCUGGCUGAUCUGUCUCCCCGUGAGCCUUAAAUCAACCUUAUGGGCCAUUUUAGAGAUUACUACCAUCAGGAACUGCAUGCAUACACUUUUCCAGCCAUUUGUGCUCAGAAAAGUGUGGGCGCACGGAUCCGGCCGAGGGGACGUGAAAAUUAUAAUUGUGACAGAGGGAGUCUUCGCUGUCAAUAAACUGUCAUCCUCCAGGGGAUGAGUCAUCUCUGUUGUGUCGCAAUUGUUUAAACUUGCUGGGUUUAGCUGACCUGCACGCGUUCUCCUGUACAUUCUCACCAAAUAUUCGUCAGUCAGAGGUUUCUGCUGGAAUUGAAAUCGGGUUUUAAAUCAUUCCAUUCCGCGGCACAUUUCCAGGAUCACGUUCACGUGUUCACAGGUUCUGAAGGCGAAGGCUCCUUCGUCCUCUCUGUCUACAGAUGAUUUUGGGUGAGAAUAUUUCUGAAACGCCUCCAGAUCAAGUCAUCUCUGGCUGACAUAUAUAUAUAUUUUGGGUCCGGAUCAGUUAAGGAAAGUGCAUCCACACCGGUAGGUUGCUCCAGGCCUUUGACUCAACUACACUCUCAACUGUUUCACUGAGUUCACGUAUGAUGGAGAAAACGUAAAAAUGGUGCUUUUGGUUUGACACUUGGGAUUGAUGUUUAUGGGUUCCAAAGCCGCUCCAGGUGUGACCAAAUCUGUGAACCUAUAUUUGAUCCACAUUCACAUACAGGAAACAAAAAAAAAAAAAAGCCUUCUGCUUUUUUUAGUUUUGCUGAGUUUGGGACUGUUUGGAGAGAAAAGUGUAUUAGAGGUGGAGCAUCUCAGACCUCUGGCCCUGUGGUAGAUUGUUGCCUUUGGACUUUAAGUCUUGAUAUUUGAAACCCAACACCGGGAAGAUCUCUGUCGGGUCGUCGGAGGUCGGCAUUUCUACAACAUAUUUCGGAGCCAGCCCAAGACAGGGCCUCGGAAAUUAGACUUAAAAUUCAUUCUCCCAUUCAUCUGUUAAACUUGCAAAAUUUAAAUAUGCAAUUAAAUGACGACAGCAAGGUGCUCAGAAACCAGGAGCUACAUCGUACUAUUUUAAGAUUUUCAGCUCACAGAAUGACAAACAGGACAGGAGUGUCUGGACUCUCUCUUACAAGUCAAGUUGGUCAUCCAGGAGAGACUGAGAGUAGAACAACUGCUUCUCUGUCUAAAGAGGCAAGUUGAAGGCGACUCAGGCUCCAAGAUUCCAAAUAGUUUUAGAACCGUUUUCUUCCAGAAGAGUUGAUAGAGGUUUCUUGGGAGAGGAGAGUCAAGGCAUCUGCUCAGACUUCAUCUUUUAAUUGAAUAUAAGAAAACACUUGACCAUUCACUGCAGCAAAAGGAGUCUUGCGAAGCUAAUAUGAAGCACAUGUUUGCCUGUUUGGUUCUUUAUUUCGUCUCACAUUUCCAUACUCUUCACGUUCCACUGGUGUUGAAACAAUAGAGGACGCUAACUCUGCCGCCUCUCGAACCUGGGCGUGUAAAAUUAUGAAACGUUCUCUCUGAUCAAGUUAGAGCGGAUCAUUUUCAUGUAACACUUUUGUAAUGAUAAUGCCUGAGGCAUGAAGUAAUAAGGAAGGAGUGAGAUCUGCCUCUUGUCAGCGUUUACGAUGAGAAGCACUUGCAUGAUUAGACGUCUUGCAAUCGAUGCAGCCUCUUCUCUCAAUCAUUAAGGCUGCUCUUAACAGAUUACAGCCCCCCUCCUAAACACACCGUCCCCUCUCAUCCUCCGCCUCCUCUUCGUCCACCUCCUCUGCCGGCUCAUCCUCUCUCGCGCUCAUAACCCCGAGCAGCAGCAGAUAUUGCACUUCCCUGAAGUCCCUAAACUCCAGCUGAAGGAUGACAAAGUAAAACAACGGGACUUUUUUUUUUUUUGGCAACUGUGAUGGAUCUGCUUGUCGUCUUGUGUCACCUCUUGCUUUUUCUUUUUGAUGCAUCAGCUGCCACCAGCCUCAUCACAGGUACGAAGACUCACAUUAUAUCAGUCUCAAAAUACUUUAGUGACGUGUGGAUCUCUUUAUUUAUGACUUUAUGUUGGACUCAUGCAGCGGAUAUAUUUGAAGCCAGAGGACAGAGAGUUUGCAAAGCAGGACGAGGCAAGCCGUGUUACAAACUGGCCUAUUUCUCUGAGCUGCGGCGCCGGCUGAACUUUGCUGAGGCAGAACUGGCUUGUCGUCGGGACGGCGGACAGCUCCUCAGCGUGGAGUCGCUCUCGGAGCAAAAGGUCAUAGAGCAGCUCAUCAAGGAGUUGCGACCCACUGAUGGAGACUUCUGGAUCGGGCUGCGACGCAACCACGGCAACGAGGAGAGCAUGGCUGACUGCUCCGCCCAGUACUACUGGCUGGAUGGCAGCAGGUCUACUUUCAGGAACUGGCACUGGGAUGAGCCUUCGUGCGGCUACGAGGUGUGUGUGGUCAUGUACCAUCAGCCCUCCGCGCCCGCCGGAAUGGGUGGCCUCUACAUGUUCCAGUGGAAUGAUGACAACUGCGAAACCAAGAACAACUUCAUAUGCAAAUACACUGCUGAGGAGCCAUCACACGCCUCCCCUUCACCAAACACCACACUGACAGCCGUGCUGCCCUCCUCCAUGCCCUGGAAUCCACAUGGCAAAAGCCCCAACAGAAGCCCAGCUAUGAACCUGGUCUACAUCAUCAUCCCCACCAUCCCUCUGAUUCUGCUGCUCCUCACCGUGACUGGGGUUUGCUGCUUUAAAAUGAUCGCCAGACGGCGAAGGAAGGAGCACAAGUCUGACGUGUCCCAGCCAGAGCCGGGUCUCUGCUCCACCCCGACUCCCACCGACGUCUACAACGUCAUCCGGUCCCAGAAGGACGACGACCUGGUGUCCACGCGGCCUCACACCAAAAACACCUCCUUCCUCUGCUCCUCCCCCGACACCCCUACAGGCGACUACGACAACCUCGGGGGUCGCGACACGGAGAGCGGCUUUGUCACCCUGGCCAGCACCGAGAGCUGCUUCCUGAACUUUGACCUCAACGAUCUCACCUUAGGGCGAAGGGGCGCCCGGGAUUUUUACGACACCAGUUUGGGGCGACCAGCGAAGAGAGACUCAUCUGAGAGCAGACCCGGUCAGUUCUACGACCGCAGCCUCGGCCGCCGCACCACCAAGAGCGAGCACUAUGGAACCGGCACCUUCCCCGACCAUGGGUUGUAUGACGGCGGCGUGAGACGCGGCAGUGACCUCUAUGACCCCAAUUCAAGGCCUGGGUGUCAGACGGUCAAGGCCGACCUCUUUCAGACGUACGUCAGCAACGGCAAGGACAACACGUUUCAGACCAACUUGGGGACUUACGCACAGCGCAAACCGUUCCAGACCAACCUGGACUGCUACAGCAACCUGGACGGAGGGAGAUAUUUCAACGAGCGCGAAUGGAUGAACAGAGAUAACUACUGAUCCAGGAUCUGCCAUGGACUGAGCGCAUGGACAUGCUUGGAGUGGGGUCAACUUCACUCCUUCAGUAAAACCACAAAGGAGAGCUACACCAGGGCAGCAUCAAAAAUUCACAACAGGAUAUUGACUGUCAAUAUAAGUUCAGUCAAGCGAGGUGGAGAGAUGCGGGUAAUUUAUUGACAUCAAAAUGAAUACAAAUAGUAUUUUUAGCCUUUGAAUGAAUGGAUUAAUUCAAGUACGAUUCAUGACGCACGACCUGGGAGAUAAUCUCAUAUUAAAAUGACUCCCUCCACCAUUUCAGCAGGCAACAGUUGAAGCUCAAACAGCAUUUCUAUCAUUGAAAUCUUUGUGAUGAACAAUGAAAAAAUGAAAGAAGGUGCUGUAUUUAGAGACAUAAAAGGUGCAGAGUGUGUUUUCAGCAAAAACCUGAGAACUUGGUUUCACAUCCAAAAGCAUGUUUGUGUCAUCUGUCUGCACGGCCUUGUCAUGCUGUCCUCGAUUGCUAACCGCAGAGACUUGCGACAUAUUUACACGUUUGAAUCUUUCUUUUUUUUCCAACUAAAUGCUGCUUGUUUUCAAACUUGAACUGUUAAUAUCCCAUUUGAAGAAAAUGCCCAAAGCUUGACGUCAAUAUGCCGAGGUGAAAGGUGCAUGACACCGGAGAAAAUAUUGUCAUGUUUAAAUGCCCAUUCUGGAGUUUGUAAGUUUGUUACAUUACCAAAUCUUUAAAUAAAGACAAAGAG